UCGCGCCUUCAGUCGGUCCGCAGCCUCUCUGUCGGCUGUCGCUCCCCCGCCGCUCUUUUCAAACGCGUAUCUCUCGCGAGGAGGAGGAAGCGCCCCGAAGCGUGCGCCUCUCGUUAAUAUGCCUGUGACAAUCUGAGACUCUUGCCGAGAGUACGCGCGUCAAAACGGUGUGAAAGCCCCGAGACGAUAUAAUGUCCAGACUAAUCGUGUCCUGUGCACUUCUCUGCCUGUUCCACCCGUGCCUGCGGCUCUGCGAGGGCGGCGCGACCGCCAAUCGAGGAUAUGUUUUCACGGCGCCGAGGAGAUUCUUGGCCGGGGAAACCGAGAGCGGCUGCUUGUCGCUGCACAAUCUCGAGCCGCCGGCGCAUGUUAUCCUGGAGUUGCUAUCUCCGACGGGUACGAGCGCGGAUGACGAAGUGCUGACCAGGACGAGCGGCGUCGUCAAAACAGGAAUAGAAACAUGCCUGGAACUGGCGGUACCGUUCACGAAAUACUUCAACGGACGAUUGCGAUUGAAGAUAAAGUUCGACAAGUAUCCCGACUACGUCGUGGAAACGGAGAAGGAAGUUUAUAUCGAGCACGAUUCCUUAAUCACGUUUGUCGAGACAGAUAAGCCGGUCUACAAACCCGGGCAAGAUGUGAACAUUAGAAUCCUCAUGCUCAAGCACGACCUGAAGCCAUGGAAGAAAACGAUACCAAAAGUAUGGAUCGAGAAUCCAUCCGAAGUGCGAGUGGCACAGUGGGCCAACGUCAGUACCGAAAAUGGAAUGGCGCAACUAAAAUUCGCUCUAUCUCCUGAACCGACUCCGGGUGCCUGGAAAAUUAAGGUGGAGAAGAGGCGAUCGCAACCGCAGCUGGUUCACACAACUAUGUUCGAAGUGAAGAAAUACGUUCUUCCGAGAUUUCAAGUGACCAUAACUUCACCGGGAUACAUUCUCGCGGAUGCGGAGAACGUCACGUGGAACAUAUGUGCUAAAUACAGCUACGGCAAACCAGUCAAAGGUAAAUUACUCUUAAAGUCAACACCUCAAAUACCAACAUGGAGACGGAAGCCCAAUCUCCCGGAAAUACAUUAUGAAACGGAGCUGGAUUCGCCAGAUGGUUGCACCGAAUUCGUGCUGUCGGGCGCGGUACUCGGGCUCGCUCAAUGGAAAGUGGCACCGAACAAUAUCGUCCUCAUAGCGAACUUCACCGAAACCGGUACCGGCAUAGUAGAGACCACGAUUAGUCGGACUGUGGUCGUGCAUCAGGCCCUAAAACUAGAAUUCCUGCCGUAUACGCCGAAAUAUUUUAAGCUUGGUUUGCCGUAUCAUGGAAAGUUGCGCGUCUCGCGGCACGACGACACCCCGGCGCCGCAUGAGAAGAUUCAGCUCUGCGUGCGAGUACGCGGUAAGGACGAGUGGCUUCGCGUGGUGGUUGAAUGUCGCAACUUCACGUCCUCGUCCGAUGGUUUCGUCGACUUCGUCGUACCACCGCCGCACAGGAACAUCGUCCUGCUGAGCUUCGUCGCAACCGGUGUCGACUAUCCCACGAAGUACUAUUCGCCGGAUACGCGUUGGCGAGUCUUCAUGGAUCAACCGUCGGCGCACAUCGAAGUGAAUCCCUGGUACUCGCCGUCGGACAGCUAUUUGGCGGUAGCCCGGGGUUAUCAACCGAUCGUCUGCGGUGAAAAGUACUCGUUCAACGUCAUGUACACGGUGCCGGCGAAGAGUAAAACCAACGAGUCCAUUUCCUUCCAUUACUCGAUCAAUUCUAAAGGGGACUUAUUAAUAUACGGCCACGUGAAACACCGGCCGACUAGAGAUACAGUCUUGAAUUACUCGGAAUUCCGGAACUUAUUAGGCGCCGUCGAGUCGCCAGGAAAUAAGACGGACCAGGGUACCGUGGCCCACAGAUUCCCUCUCAGCGUCAAGAUUACCCCGUCUAUGGCACCAAUCUCCGAAUUGUUGCUGUACUACGUCCGCUCGGACGGCGAGAUCGUCGCCACGACGUACUCCAUCAAAGUGGGACACUGUUUCGAGAAUAAGGUGAAAACCGCCUGGCACACCGACGCUCAGACCCCGGGAACGGCCACUCAGUAUCACGUGGAAGCUGCCCCUUGGUCUCUCUGCGGUAUCUCGGCGGUUGACAAGUCGACUCGUUACUUAGCAGGUGCGAAAACGAACCUGAUCGACGCCGAUCAGACCUUCGCGCAGCUGAAGAGAUUCCACAUCGAGCCCGAACCGCGUCCCAUUUGGACGUGGACUCAUUGCAAAGUUGCGACGGAUGAAGAAACGAUUAAUACGGAAUUCGAUCAUCUGCCACUUCCCGCUUUCGAGGAGUCACCCGCGUGGAUACGUAAAAGGAGAAGAAGAACGGUGUACAACGGCGGGCUCGUGAAUUACGUGGACGCCAUACAAGCGUUCGAUGACUUCGGAGCCGUCGUGAUGAGCGAUCUGAUACUCGAGACGCGGCCUUGUCAUCAGAUUCGCAGGGGUAGAGGCAGAAGUAGGAUGAAGAACAGGGCCCAUAUUCCUUUCCUCUCAGCGUCCGCUGAAUUGGAAACGGAUGCUGGAAUGUUUAAAAUGGCGAAGACACUGCCCAUGGCGUAUCCAUUAUUAAACGUGGGUCCCGAACAGGGAUAUGUGGAUCAAGUGCCGGAUCAGCCUGCUCUUAGAUCUUACUUCCCCGAGACGUGGCUGUGGGAAUUGGUGCCAACAGGAAAAGAAGGCAAAGUGACGGUGGAACGUACUCUGCCUCACACCAUCACCGAUUGGAUCGGAUACACCGCGUGUGUCUCACCUACACACGGUCUCGGAAUAGCACCACCGACAACCAUCACGGGAUUCCAGCCGUUUUUCCUCGAUUACAGCCUACCAUACAGCGUGAAACGCGGGGAAAUGUUGCGUAUGAAGGUUUCCUUGUUCAAUUACAUGCAACACAGUUUACCGGUCAAGAUCAAGUUGGAAGACGCGACGGGUCUUGACUUGCAUUUGUCGCACUCAGAAGCUUCGUUCUGCGUAAAACCGCGGGACAGCGUGGUGCACGAAUAUAUUCUCAGACCGCGAGUUCUUGGCGAUGUUAACAUCACGGUCUCCGCUUCGAUCGAUUCGGAUUACGCGGAACCAUGCGGCCCGGAAAUGCUCCUGUAUACACGGGAUAUGAUUGUCAAGCCGAUACUGGUGCUACCAGAAGGUUUUCCCGUAGAAAUAACGAAGUCCGCGUUCAUCUGUCCGAAGGACUUCAGCGACGAUUCCACCAUAACUUGGAAUCUCGAUCUACCCGACGACUUGAUACCCGAAAGCGCGAGAGCGUACGUAUCCCUGAUAGGAGACAUUCUAGGUCCGGUCCUUGAGAAUCUGGACAAUCUUGUUCGCUUGCCUAUGGGAUGCGGUGAACAAAAUAUGAUCCUCUUCGUUCCCAACAUCCACGUGAUCGGCUAUUUGGACGCGACUGGAGUCGACAAUCCAGAGCUGAGAGCAAAAGCGAUUAGAAAUAUGGAGAAAGGAUACCAGCGCGAAUUAAUAUACAGACACCCGGACGGUUCGUACUCCGCGUUCGGCCCGGAGAGCUCGGAGGACGGUAGCUCGAUUUGGCUCACCGCAUUUGUAAUCAAGUCUUUCGCUCAAGCGAAGGGUAUAAUUCACAUCGACGAGCGAGAUCUUAAAAUUUCUGUAAAGUGGAUGGUGAAGAAGCAAUUGGAAAAUGGAUGUUUCCCAGUGAUCGGCAGGGUAUUCCACAAGGAUAUGAAGGGCGGUUUGCAGGACGAUGACAAUUCCUCCUCGGCAUUAACGGCUUAUAUAUUGAUCUCGCUCUUAGAAUCGGGCGUGCCGUUAACAGCAUCGCUCAUUAACAACGCUCUGCAUUGCUUGGAGAAAGGAAUGGAGAACGACAGCGGUACGACAUACACGGCAGCUUUGUCCACCUAUGCCUUAACGUUAUUGGAGCAUCCGAAGGCGAACAAUAGCAUGAAAUUGCUUAUGAAACGUGCAACACGGAACAACGAUCUUCUCUGGUGGGAGGACAAAUUUAAGCCGUCGCUAGGACUGAGCAUCGAGAUGACGGCGUAUGCCGUACUAUCGUUGGUGAAACUAGGCGGUGAGACGAACAUGGUCGAGGCGUUGAAAGCGGUCCGCUGGAUGUCGAAGCAACGCAACGCGGAGGGCGGCUUCACAUCGACGCAGGACACUGUGCUCGGCUUGGAGGCGCUCACCAAGUACGCCACCGCGAUGUCGAGCAACGCCACGGACCUCUCGGUGCUCGUGACCGCCGGCGAAGUGGACCAGGUGUACAGAAUGCAUAACGACAAUCGUAUGGUCCUCACGCAGAUCCGCUUGCCCGUAAUACCCACGAUAGUCGAGAUCUUCGCCGAGGGUGAAGGCUGCGUCUUAGUGCAGAGCAAUAUAAAGUACAACGUCGCACACGCGACCGGCUCCGAAGCCUUCGAUCUUUCGGUUAAUGCCGCUCCUGCGACGUGGUUGGACGAAUGUUCAAUGCAGAAAAUAACAAUUUGUACACGUUAUAAAAUGGCAGAUGGGGAAAGUAAUAUGGCAUUACUGGAGAUCGACAUGAUAAGUGGAUAUGUCUCGGAUCGUACGAGCCUUCAUUCUCUCUUAGAGGAUCCGGCCACGAAGGUGAAACGUUUCGAAGAGGAUCGCGGUAUCGUCACCAUUUACUUCGACAAGUUAAUCAACCAAAAAACCUGCAUAUCAUUCACGGUGACUAGAGAAAAUAUCGUGGACAGACUUGAACCGGCGAAUGUAAAACUUUACGAUUACUAUCAGCAGGAGUUGACGAUAUCAAGCAGCUACAGCUUCGCGGCUACUUGCAGCAGUGCCACUCCAAGUGAAGAAGUGGAAGUUCCUAAUCCGGUGCCGAUAGAGGUGCAGGAAAUUGGCAAGGACACCGCGAAGAAGGCUACCGUGGAAAAAGAGGAGGCAGUUGAAAAAGCGGCCAAAAGCCCGGAUGAUCGAAAUGGAACUGUAGAGCAGAUAGUGCCACAAAGAGAAGCUGGAAGCGGUCAAACACCGGACGAGCCGGACAUCAAUCUAAACCCCGUGUUCGAUAGACUCGGGCCUCCUAGCAUAGACCUCGACGACAUGGAGGCGCCGUUCUCAACUCUCAUCAGACAAGAGCAGAAUCCCUUCGCGACGGAUUUCGACGGAAACCCGCUCUUCGUCGUGGUAGAACACGAGCUGGCAACUCCCGAGGGUGUCGAGGGGCCCGUGCCGGUUUCUGUAAAGCCCGAUAUCACACAUUUCGACAGCAAUCCACUGUCAACGACCAAUGAAACUGAUCAGAAAAUAGAAGCGGAUCUAAGUAACACGCAAACGUUACCACCUCUUGGUUUGAACGAUUCCUGCCCUGUAUGCGCCGACGAAUUACCGUCAAACUUCAAUGAUCUUUAUUGCUCCGCCAGCAGUGUCGUAAAAGCAGCAAUUAGACGAUUACGAAAAGCAAGGCUCCUGUUAGAUGUACAAUCGUCGCACGAAGACAUCAUACGUCUGCAUUCGACAGUCGUAUUUGUCUUAAGACCCAACUGUUCUUGCCCGCCUCUAGAUAACCCUGGAAGUCUGGCACUGCUGAUGCACUUUGAGGACGGCGAGUUUGCUAAGAGUUCGCACAAUCGAUAUGUCUUAGACGAACAGGUUUCUAUAUACGGAUUGCCACCGAUUGGUGGUGUUCCACGUGAAAUAACGGACGCUCGAACAACGUGUGCGAAUCGAGAUAAUAGCGCAUUUCUUAAUCUUCCUACGGCUGACUGAUCUUCGGCGCGUUCCGCCGAAAAUAUACUAAAUACGAAUAGAAUUUAACGGAAUACGUAUCGUAUUAGCGAAACUCGUACGAGAAUUCGAUCACUUGCAGGCGUACAAAAAUUAAAUACACGCACAUUUAAAUUAGAAUAAGAUCCGUGUACGAGGCGACCUCGACUUGAGCCGAGAAACUCUCCAUUAUGAUCCCCGAUAGGAAAAUAUUUAGAGAAUUCUGUGACGAGAUCUGGACGAAACUUGGAAGGCUGGAAUUAUGCGUGCAUAUUUCGAAUAACAUAUACAGAAAUAGAGACCUUGCGAAGCGUCUCAUACUCGUAAAUAAAAUUCACGCGAGACGAGAUUAAAGCAGACCCAGCGGUAAAUACGUUUCACACUAAAUCUUUUUUAAACGUUUAUAACAUGUAACUGUGUUGCUGGGCAAUUUUGCUUCUAAAUGUCGUAAUAAUUAUGCAUGAUUUAUCCCCUAAAUUGAGAUUAUCAAUUUUUGGGCAAAUACCAUUUGGAAAUUUUAUUCCUACAAAACCGCUGCGUUUUGGCGAAUCACCUUAAUGCAAUCAUUGUAAAAUUUUCUCCCUUUUAGAUGUUGCAAUUAUUACACAAUAUUUCAAACAUUUUCCUAUCGGGGAUCUGACUCGUUAAUUUUAGCACGCCUUGUACGUUAUUUGAAGAAGAACACAGGGUAUUGUAAUCAACAUCGAACACACUUUGAAUUUUCAUCGCAAAUCUCCUCCCUAGCUUCCUUCAUACAACAUAUCUCAACAUCACCCAACUCUAUAUUAUAACAGCGUGCGAUGAGAAGACACAAUAUCUAAUAGAAUAAAGUGUCAUUUUUACAGCGAAAGUUAUAUUGCAUUAUAUGCGCUCAACUCUUAUAAUUGUGAAUAGCAAGUAACUAAUGAGUUAAAUAAACUGUAAAUAAAGCACAGCGAUUUAUGACAUAAU